CUCAAAAUUAUUUGGACUUGCUAUCUUAGAUGUGGCCUUUAAAGUUCACUAUAUGACCUUGUCACUGACCCCUCAUUGGUUGGUGCCCAGACGACUCCUAGUCCGUACGAAUGAUCACGGGAGUAUAUUUUAGCGACAGACUUCUUCAACGAUGGGCUCUAUAAUGACAAGUGAAAAACGAAUUGGGACUCACAACGGUUGCUUCCACUGUGACGAAGUGCUAGCAGUUGUCCUACUCAAAUAUCUUCCUGAAUACAAAAAUGCUACCAUAGUGCGAUCUCGCGAUCCAGACAUACUGUCUACUUGCGAUGUGGUCGUUGACGUUGGUGGUGUUUAUGACCCUGAAACACUUCGUUUUGAUCAUCAUCAGAAUCUAGGGAUUUCUCGUUAACAUGGUCGCAAUAUUUCGGCGUGAAGAUGUGGGAUGUUAAACUAAGCAGCGCUGGACUAGUGUACGUACAUUUUGGCAAAAGAGUACUCUCUCUUCUGACUGGCCUUGAAAUUGGACACGAAGUACUAGAAAAGAUAUACAUGAAAAUAUAUGAAUCGUUCAUUUUAGAAAUUGAUGGGCAAGACAACGGUAUUCCACAGUCUAAAACUCCAUUGAAGUACAAUAUAGGCACUAGUUUAUAUUGCAGAGUUCGACGACUUAAUCCUUGGUGGAAUAACGAAUCAGAGGAAUCAGAAACUGCAUUCCAAAGAGCAAUCAACUUAGUCAGUCGUGAAUUUCUUGAUACUGUGGACUACUUUACUAAUUGCUGGUGGCCUGCGCGAAAUAUUGUAGCUAAAGCAAUGAAUGUUCGUGGAGAUGUAGAUUCAUCGAGAACUAUCAUAGUACUAGAUAGAUCCUGUCCAUGGAAGAGCCAUCUAUUUGACUUAGAGCGUGAAGAACGUAUGGAAACAGUCGUUUAUCCGGAACCACUCCGUCAAACAAGUUAUCGUCCUAUACCAAAGUUUCCCCCUCAAAUUCUCUUUGUCAUACUACCAUCAGAUGGUAAUUGGGUUGUUCAAGCCGUACCAAAAGACAAGUUUGGUAUUCGGUUACCAUUCCCUAGCGACUGGCGUUCACUUCAAGGUGAUCAAUUGUGUGCGAUGACUGGAAUAUCAGGUUGCAUUUUUGUGCAUAACUGUGGUCAUUUAGGUUCCAACAAAACACGUGACGGUGCAAUUGAAAUGGCACGUUUUGUUGUAAAUGAAUCAAAACUUCAACAGGAGAAUGUUAUUCGGACUGCCUUAACUCCACCAAAAUUCAGCCGUGGUCGUGGUCGCAAGUCUUUUGUGAAUAACCGUAAUAAAAAAUGUUAGUUUCUCUUUGUUUUGGAGACCCUAAUUUCUUAAGAAGAACCGAAGUAAGAGUUUCGAAAUUUUUAUUUCAUUACUGAGUCAUUAUUUUUUAAGCAAUCAGCUGUGUACCUGAAAUUUUUGAGGAUAUCGAUAUUUAUUUUUAUUAAUUCGUAUUGUGUAAUUCUUUUAUUCUUAUUUUCAUAACUCACUCGUAAGAUUUAUGAAUGUUCUUGCAUUUGCUGUACAAGCCAUGAAUAACGAAAUUAACCUGAUUUAAUCACUGUUUAUACAACCGCGGAAUAUUUAUAUUCCUUCUUAUUUGUUGAUAUUUUCAUGAAAUAACUUUACUUCAACCUGUUUCUCCUUAUUUUUUUUAUUGUUUCUUUCGUACUUUGUGUUACUUUUCUAAAUAAAUAAGGAACAUGUCUCCUAGAGAUUUUUUUGGAUAGUUGGUGGAUUUAAGGUUGAAUGUAGUUUGUUCAAUCCGAUAAUCAUGCGCACAUUCGAAUUUGUAUUCUCUUCGUUCAUUAAAAUCAUUGUUUUGAUUCUCAUAUCA